UUCCUCGUUGGACGCUGAGAAAGGGCCACUUCCGCUGUAAACAGGAAGUAGCGGGUGAUUGUACAAUCGGUGAGGUGACAAACGUUUAGCAGUGCUGAAAGAUGGACAUUCUUAAGGCUGAAAUAGCUCGAAAAAGGAAACAGCUCGAGGAGAAGCAGCUGUUUGGGGACGGUAGAAAAUACUUUAAGCGCAGUGAGCUUGCUGAAAAAGAGAAAGAGGCUUAUUUUGAAAGAUGCGGGUUCAAGCCUGUAAAUGAGAAGCCAGCAGGAAAGGUGCAGAUAGAAGAGGAAGAGACCCCGUCUUCAUCUGGCAACCCUGUGCUGGAACUAGAGCUAGCAGAAGAGAAAUUACCGAUGACUCUUUCACGGCAAGAGGUAAUCCGGAGACUCAGAGAAAGAGGGGAACCUAUAAGGCUGUUUGGAGAAUCUGAUUAUGAGACCUUUCAGCGUCUCAGAAAAAUAGAAAUUCUUGCUCCUGAAAUUAAUAAGGGUUUGAGAAAUGACUUAAAGGCUGCUCUUGAUAAAAUUGAUCAGCAAUAUCUCAAUGAAAUUGUGGGUGGUCAGGAACCAACAGAGGAAGAUGCCCAAAAUGACCUAAAAGUCCAUGAGGAAAACACCACGAUUGAAGAGCUUGAGGCUUUGGGAGAAUGUCUCGGACAAGGAGAUGAUAACAAAGACAUGGAUAUUAUCAACAAAGUGCUUAAGUUCCUUCUAGGUGUCUGGGCUAAAGAUCUGAACGCAAGAGAAGAUUAUGUGAAGCGUAGUGUGCACGGCAAGCUGGCCAGCGCCACCCAGAAACAAACAGAAUCCUAUCUCAAGCCACUCUUCAGAAAGCUAAGGAAAAAGAACCUGCCUGCUGACAUCAAAGAGUCAAUAACAGACAUAAUUAAAUUUAUGUUACAAAGAGAAUAUGUAAAGGCAAACGACGCCUACCUUCAGAUGGCUAUUGGUAAUGCCCCAUGGCCCAUUGGGGUCACUAUGGUUGGUAUCCACGCUCGUACUGGUCGUGAGAAGAUUUUCUCCAAGCAUGUGGCUCAUGUCCUUAAUGAUGAAACACAAAGAAAAUAUAUUCAGGGACUGAAGAGGUUAAUGACUAUUUGCCAGAAGCAUUUUUCAACAGAUCCUUCUAAGUGUGUUGAGUACAAUGCUUUGUGAAAGCUACUUUCUCUACAGUUAAAUUGUAUUUCAGCAAAUCCAUAUUCCAUCCCAGAACUACGUUGCAGACGUCUCUCAACUCUUGCCAAAUAUUGCUGGGAACAGCACUGCAGCCACCACCCAAACAAAUGCUCUGUAACACAUUUCUGUUUUAUAGAAAUGCGUGGCGUUUAAGUCCCUCUAAUAAUGACACAUCCAUAUUUAAUAUGGGCAGAUGAGAAGGCAAUAUUUAUUGUCACUGUUGAUUUGCAUCUUUUUACUUUCUAGAAUUGGACAAUUUGUAAAUAAAUGAAAUAAUAUUGUUAUCCACCAUUAAAGUUUUAUGGAAAAUA